GGGCAGCGAGCGGCAGCCGGCGGCAUGAGGCGCGACCCGGCGCCCGGCUUCUCCAUGCUGCUCUUCGGCGUCUCCCUCGCCUGCUACUCGCCCAGCCUCAAGUCGGUGCAGGAGCAGGCGUACACGGCGGCGGUGGUGGUGGAGGGCAAGGUGCAGUCCGUGGGCCCCCCCGCCGGCGGCAAUGACAGCCGCGGCGCCGGGCCCGCCGGGGGUGUCCUGGUCAAGGUGCUCGACCUGUGGGCCCACAACAGCGGGGGGCUGAAGCGGGAGCAGCUCAUCAGCGUGGGCUCCAAGGCGCCCUGCUUCAAAGUGCAGCGCAACCACCGCUACAUCUUCUUCCUGGAGCCCACCGAGGAGCCGCUCGUCUUCCGCACCGCCUUCGCUCCGCUCGACACCAGCAGCAAGAGCCACAAGCGGGACGUGGCGCGGAUCCUCUGCGCCGACUGCGCUGUUCCUCCCAAACUGAAGAAACUGAAAAGCCCAAAUGUUCACGUGGGUGAGAAGAUUUCCCUGAAAUGUGAGGCGACUGCUGGGAACCCUCAGCCAUCCUACAAAUGGUUUAAGGAUGGGAAGGAGCUGAAGAAGAGCAAAGACAUCCGGAUCAAGUAUGGGAAUGGGAAAAAGAUUUCCAGACUGCAGUUCAACAAGGUGAAGCUUGAAGAUGCUGGGGAGUACAGCUGCGAAGCCGAGAACGUUUUAGGGAAAGACACCGCCAAAGGCAGCCUGAAUGUGAAAAGUGUAACCACAACUCUCUCCUCCUGGUCCGGGCAUGCCAGAAAAUGCAACGAAACAGCCAAGUCCUAUUGUGUCAAUGGAGGGGUGUGCUACUACAUCGAGGGCAUUAAUCAGCUGUCAUGCAAAUGUCCAAAUGGAUUCUUCGGACAGAGAUGUUUGGAGAAACUGCCUUUGCGAUUGUACAUGCCAGACCCUAAGCAAAAGCAUCUUGGAUUUGAAUUAAAGGAGGCAGAGGAGCUCUACCAGAAGAGGGUUUUAACCAUCACGGGAAUCUGUGUGGCCUUGCUUGUGGUGGGCAUCGUCUGUGUGGUAGCUUACUGUAAAACCAAGAAACAAAGAAAACAAAUGCAUAACCACUUGCGGCAGAACAUGUGUCCUGCGCAUCAAAACCGGAGCCUUGCCAAUGGGCCAAGCCAUCCACGUUUGGAUCCUGAGGAAAUCCAAAUGGCUGAUUAUAUUUCUAAGAAUGUUUCUGCCACCGAGCACGUGAUCCGAAGGGAAACAGAGACAACCUUCUCGGGAAGUCACUCCUGCUCCCCAUCCCAUCACUGCUCCACAGCCACUCCAACCUCCAGCCAGAGACAUGAAAGCCACACCUGGAGCUUGGAGCGAACCGAGAGCCUGACUUCGGAUUCCCAGUCUGGGAUAAUGCUGUCCUCGGUGGGAACCAGCAAAUGCAACAGCCCGGCGUGCGUGGAGGCGCGGGCGCGGCGCGGGGCCACCUUCUGCCUGGAGGAGCAGCGGCAGCCCACGACGCAGUACCGCGACUCCGUGGACUCCCUGCGCGACUCGCCACACAGCGAGAGGUACGUGUCGGCCCUGACCACACCAGCACGCCUGUCACCCGUUGACUUCCACUACUCGAUGACCACACAGGUGCCCACCUUCGAGAUCACGUCCCCCAACUCGGCGCACGCCGUGUCCCUGCCGCCGGCGGCCCCCAUCAGCUUCCGCGUGGAGGAGCAGCAGCCCCUCCUGCGGCGCUACCAGCUCCCCUUCCAGGACACGCAGAGGUACGACAGCUACUACCAAAGGAAGACCUACCUAAACGACAGCAUGGGGAGCCUGCCCUCCAGCCCCUUCCGCAUCACGGAGGACGACGAGUACGAGACGACGCAGGAGUAUGUCACAGCGCUAGAGCAGCCAAAGAAAACAGCCAGCAGCAACAGGCGGUGGAAAAAAUCCAAACUGAACGGGCACAUCCCUCACAGAGCCAGAGCCGUCCGGGACUCCUUCUCCUUGAGCAGCGCCUCUUACAGCGAGUCUGACGAGGAGCUGGUGGCCGAGAGCACGCCGUUCCUAAGCACUCAGAACAAUGAGGCGGCGCACGCGGAGUCGCCGCCGCUGCACCGGCCGGGCGACAGCCGGACUCACUACUCGUGCCGCGGGCACAGCGCGCACGGCGAUGGCGGCCGCGGCAGCAGCCUGGCGCACGUGGCGCCCAAAGCGGACCCCGACUCUCUCUAGGCGCAUGGGCAACCCACGUGGAGCAGGCCGAGGGCGAGACAAAACCACGCAAACCCGCAGAACGUGACAAAACAGAACACAAAAAAAAAAACCCCACAAACG